UAAAAUUUCUAGCCCGCAUGCUAGUUUAUACCAAUCCUCAGUAUCAGUGUUGCCGCGAGCUUUGACGAGUCCGAGCUUUUUUCGGUUACGCGGCUAAAGUAUAAACACUAGUCUUCAUCAUAUUAUUUUUUACCUCUUAAUACUAUAUACUAUUUAAAGUUAAAUUAUAUUUUCGUACUCGUGUAACUGUAACUAUUAAUAUAUACCUUAAAAAUCUAUUUCUUCCGUCUUGAUACGAUUUCAUUAAUAAUUCAAAUAGUUGAGAAAAGACUGUAGGUAAUUUAUAAAAACUGAUCAAUUGAUUAAGAAACAAUUGUCUCUAAAUAUUAAUAGACACAUGACGGUCAAGUCAACCUUGAUUUAAACUAUUUUGAUCGGUUAUAUAUUUUUCUUAUAAGAUCAAAGUUUUUUUAUUUAUUAUAAUGAUCAAUUAAAAUCUAUUUUUAGUAAAAUAAUAAACGUUGAUGAAAAUAUAAAUUAUAUAUUUAUAUAGAGUUAUAAGAGAAUUGAUUAAAAACUGGCUUCUUCAUUUAAAUUAUUCUGUUUUUUUACUUAUUCUAAUCGAUACUAAACUUAUUUUUUUUUUCUUACGUCCACGCAUACACAAAGUAUCUUAGCUAACACGAAAGCUGCCAAUCUAUAUUGUCCAAUAUAAUUUAUUAUUCUUUGUGAGUGGGUCUAAAAUAUAGUUUCAGUAUAUAUAUAUAGACCCUAAAAAAAAUAUAACAUUCUUAUUUCGUGAUUGAGUGAUUUGUUAUCAAGUGCCGCGUGACUUUUUUAAACGCACUUAUAAACUUCUUGGAAUAUAAAAAUAAAAUAAUUAGCGAAUGAUAUCAUCAGAAAUUAUAAUGUCAGCAUAUUAAGCGACCUACAUAUUUUAUAUAAAUCAUAUUUUUUAAAUUAAACACCAAAAUUUAAGUAAAUAAAUAAAAUAAUAAUAAAUCAUGCCGGCUGGAUUAUCAAGUCUUCCACCGUCUUCUUUUGAUUAUAAUAAUUAUAAAUCACCAGCAUUUACAAUAAUACAACGUGAUCAUUUGGAUAGUACACUACCUAUUCUUCAUAUUAAUAAUUUUAAUAGUAGUGAUGAUAAUGAUAAUUAUAAUAAUGAAGAUUAUAAUUGUAAUGAUAAAAAAAAUAAUUUAUCAAAAAUUAAAAAUGAAAAUAAUGAUUUUUUAUCACGUAAACGUAUUAGUAAAUCAAAUGAUCAUUUAGUACUUGCAAAUCUUCAAAAUAAUCAAGUUAAUCCAUUGAAAAAAAAACAACAUACCAAAAGUCAUGAUCAUCUUUCCAAAGGUGAUGAUAAAAUUAAAAUAUUAAAUGAUGAUUCAUCGUCAUUAUUUAUUGGUAAUAAUAAAUUGGCUAUGAAUUUAUCAACUGAAGAUUUUAAUGAAGUACUGACGGCUAAAUUAAAAAAAAUGCAAGAUAAUAAUGAUAGACAAGUAUCAUCAAGUAAAAGUAGUAAUAAAAAUAAUAAAAAUAAUAAUAAUAAUAAUAAUAAUAAUAAUAAUAAUAAUAAUAAUAAUAAUAAUAAUAAUAAUAAUAAUAAUAAACAGUCACCACAAAAAAAACCAUUUAUAACAACGGUAAAAACAGGAGAAUUUUUGAUGCCACCACCAGAAGUAGCAUCACUACUUGGGAUGUCACCAAAUGGCUCUUGGAUUGGCCACGACCUGGAUGACACACACGAAGGUCUUCCACGCUCCAGGUUCCGGCCAUUUAUUUUCCGCGGUAAACGACCGGAAGUACGUCACAGUAGUCACAAUGCUAGGUGUCCUGCGGCCCUUAAAGCUACUGUCGACUUUCCCGUUAACGUUAUAAAUUCUUCGGGUGUCACUGCUUCGACCUUGGCUAAUGAAGUACAUGCUCGGAAAGCUACGAAUAGCAAAUUUAAUGAAACUGAUCAAUCACUUCCCUUUGCAAAUAUUAUGUUUGAUAGACGUGUUGUUCGUGGUAGCACACUUGCUUCAGCCUCAAAUCUUGCUGACUAUGAACAAUCACAAGCAGCGAGACAAGCAGAAGCGCGCAGAAAACAAUUGUCAAAAAAAAAAGCACAAAUUCAAGCAACAAGAUCAAUGAUGAUGAAAAUGUCUACACCUCCUCCAAUUCCAGGAAGAAAACACGAACCUGUGCAAACAGAAUUAUAUCUUGAAGAAUUGCUUGAGAAGCCACAGGAAUCUGAAGCUGCAACACAAACAGAUUAUUUUUUGGACAGACCACCAACACCUUCUUUUUGUCCUGGAAAAGUAGGUGUGGAUGCUGAAACUCAAAUAGGACCUGGUGAUCUCUUUGACUUCGAUACGGAAGUUCAACCUAUCCUCGAAGUACUGGUAGGAAAGACGAUAGAACAGGCCUUAAUUGAAGUACUAGAAGAAGAGGAACUUGCUGCUCUUAAAGAGCAACAAAGAAGAUUCCGCGAAUUACGAGUUACUGAAAAAGUUGAAAAAUUACGAUUAGAAGAGCAGGAACGAAGACUUAGAGAAGAAAAAGAACGACGACUUAACCAACAUGAAGAAGCGUUAAAAAUACAAAAAGAAACAGAAGAACGUGUUGCAGCAGCAGUUUUGUUGACUGGUUAUGUCGCUGAACUUUUACCAACUGUAUUGGAUAGAUUAAAAAUGUCUGGGUAUUUAUUGGACGAAAUAAAAGAGGAUACAGAAGAAGGUUUCAUGCCUUGGAUUGUAAAUGAAGUGAAAAAAGAAAUGAAUACUAUGGUGGAUAGUAGAAAAUUACUUGAAGAUAUCAUAAAAGAAAUUUUGGAAAAUCGAGCUGAAAUGUAUAGUAAAAAAGCAGAAGAGUAUGAUACAGAUAGCACUAGAUCAUUAACAACUCCAAAAAAAGAGAGUGAAAAUGGAGAAAAUGAAGAUGUUGAUAAAGCUAAAGAUGAAUCUAAUAAUUUUACCACUCAUGAAUCAAUGUUAAGCGAUUAAAAUACAAAUAUAAUGAUUAAUUGAGUUGUCGUACUUAAUCCUCGUCUAGCCGAUCGUUUAAUGCAAAGCCACUUUCUACAUCAAAUGUUAGUCUUUUCUUUUUAAUUCAUUUUAUUUAUUUAUUUAUUUAUCUUUUUUUCAAUAAAUGAGAGAGAAAGACCACUUGAACCAGCAGCUACGCAGCGUGUAUUAUAGCUAGGAUUUCAUCCCCUGCAUGGUUGCUAUACUGUAUAUAUACCAUCAUAUAUGUCCACCUUUUAUACUACAUUAGAGCCGGUGUACACAGCUGCGAAACAAAUCCAUCAGCUCGACUGUCCCCACCCCAUGACUCUCGUGAUCAAGCUCGACACCACCGAGGAACCUCCAAUGUGCUAUAUCCGAUGAACAAACAUCCCUGGUCACAAGCCCACAGCUAUUAAAAAUCAAUUAUUGAUUUCUCUUCGUCAAGACCAUAUACUUAACACUUAAAAAAAAUUAAUCUUCAAUUCUGUGCAUUAUUUCUGAAUAAACAAAAUUGAAAUAGUGAUCAGAAUGUGUUUUUAUAAAUCUCAAUAUAUGAAGA